UAGCAGAGGCAGAGGUUCAUUUUAUUACAGCACCCCGUUGCAUUCUGGGAGAGUGGAUAGAGACUGAGCAGUGGAUCUUUUUUAGUAGUACGGCAAUUUCUGGCACCCGAAAUCUCAUGUCGAAAUAGCUAGUCUUCCGCUAUCGGUAGUAAUGGCGCUGACACGGUUCGAACGGUUCCUGGCCUCGAUACUGCGGGUAGCGGUCGGGAUGCUGUUUGCCGUCUUCCAGCUGCUCGUUCAGCGGCGCGGAGCCGACAGGUCGGUGAGGAGGCUCCCACCAAUCACCAACCCACUGUUGAGGGUCCCCGCGAUGCGGCUCGCCCGCAUGAUUCGACGGAGAGAGGUAACCAGUGUGGAGGUGGUACAGACCUACAUAGACCGCAUCCAAGAGAUUAACCCUCUCAUCAAUGCCAUGGUCAAGGACAGGUUUUCAUUGGCCCUGCAGGAAGCAGCCCAGGUGGAUAAGCUGAUAGAGGAGGAGACAGGAGGAGAGGAUGUUCUGGAGGACAGGCUUCCUCUACUGGGUGUCCCUUUCACUGUCAAAGAGGCCUUCUCCCUCCAGGGCAUGCCUAACUCCACAGGGCUGGUGUCACGGCGGGGGGUGAUUUCGGCAACGGACGCUCCCCCGGUGGCUCUGCUGAAGAGGGCAGGGGCCAUUCCUCUGGGGGUGACUAACUGUAGUGAGCUCUGCAUGUGGCUUGAGUCCCAUAACCACCUGUAUGGAAUCACCAACAACCCAUACGACCUGGAGAGAAUACCAGGAGGAAGCUCCGGAGGGGAGGGCAGUAUUUUGGGCGGCGGUGGUUCCGUGAUAGGGGUUGGCUCUGAUGUUGGGGGCAGUAUUCGCAUCCCAGCAUUCUUCAACGGCAUCUUCGGCCACAAGCCAACAUCAGGUGUAGUAUCUAACGUGGGUCAGUUCUCCUCUCUCUCUGUAGGUGUAGUAUCUAACGUGGGUGGAUCUGAAGAGACUACGGUUCUUCUCUGUAGGUGUCCUCACGAUGGAGGCUCUCCUCUGGUGUCUCCUGUCGACCAGCAGCUAGUCCUGGCUCAGAGGAGGGUGGUAGAGCGUCUGGAGGCAGACCUGGGGGUCAAAGUUCAGCAGCUGAAGAUUCCUCAGCUCAAAUACUCCUUCCAGAUCUGGAGUGCGAUGAUGGGAGCCCCGGGGAAGGAUGGAAAGCAGCCCACAUCGUUUGCAGAGCUGAUGUCUGACCAUGGGAAGAAGGUGUGGCCUCUAUGGGAGAUGGCUAAGUGGACUGUGGGACUCUCCAAGCACACCGUGGCUGCUAUAGGUCUGGUCCUGGUAGAGAUGUUCCAGAGGUCCCAGCCCACCCAGUUCAUCCUGCAGCAGAAGGAGUCUCUCCAGAAGGACCUGGAGGAACUGUUGGGGACAGACGGGGUGCUGCUCUACCCCUCUCACCCGCACCUCGCCCCCAAACACCACCAUCCCCUCUUCACCCCCUUCAACUUCUCCUACACUGGUAUCUUUAAUAUUCUGGGUCUUCCGGUGACCCAGUGUCCAUUGGGGCUGAGCGCGGAGGGUUUACCCUUGGGACUGCAGCUGGUAGUGGGGAAGCAGCAGGACCGUCUCUCCCUGGCCACCGCUGUGUACCUGGAGAAGACCUUCGGCGGUUGGAGAGACCCGGGGAGCGUCGCCACGGCCACCACCCAGCUAGAUACCUGGCGCGGGGCGUCAACGACCGCAUCGUGAAUAUACAGAGAUGUUUAUUCUGGGAUGAAUGACAGUCCUAGAAGACAGAGGAAUGUAUGCACUGACACAGACAGGCAGACACACUCACACUGUCUGUUUGCACAUGCCGUCCUGUCAGUCGUCCAGCCUUCUCAUUCGUUCUUUAACAACAGACUGUCGCCAGGUUAGUGAGUCACUCGUCCACUACAGUAUGUCUGUUGUGUCUUCGUCACAAAGUGCCCUAUGCUUGUCCAAAGAGCCUUUAUGUGUCCUGUCAUUGUGUGUUCCUGGCUUGUGUCCCAAAUGACUCCCUAUAUAGUACACUACAUUUGACCAGAGCCCUAUUCCCUACAUAGUGCCCUACAUUUGACCAGAGCCCUAUUCCCUUCAUAGUGCUCUAUAUUUGACUAGAGCCCUAUUCCCUUCAUAGUGCCCUACAUUUGACCAGAGCCCUAUUCCCUUCAUAGUGCACUACUUACAUAUUGCACUACUAUGGGUCCCGGUCAAAAGUAGCGCACUAUAUCGGGAAUAGGGUGCCAUUUGGGAUACAGGUGGUGACUGUCCGACAGCUAUAUGUUGCGUCAGGGUUUUGUUGUGUAAUGUCCAAUAAGGUUUUCUCUCUACACUGUAUUUGUCCACCACUAACGAGACGUUGGAACCUGAUUGGAGAGAGACGGUAUUAUGAGAAUGUCAUGUGUUAUGGUGUAGUCCAUGUUCAAAUGACGGGUAAUUGAUGGGUGAUGUGAUAUACCACCACGUCUCUUCAAUGACUGGCGCUUUUUCAACAAGUUAACGUGAUCUACUGUAUAAAGACAUGUGCAUAUUAUGAUCAUUUGAAAGGAUAUCGUUGAUAAUGUUUCAUAUUAAAUGUCAAUGGUUACUGUCCUACAAUUAUGCCAGAACAAAUAUUAUAAUAAAAUGUACAUUAUACUGAGGACAA